AUGAUAACGAAAUACUUCACGAAAGUGUCCGUCAAGUUCAAUCCUUUCUCGGCUAGUGCCAAGCCUGUGCGUUUAUUCCUUGCGAGAAUCCCGGCCCAACAGAAAAGCGGAUGUUCUGUGGACUUCAAAAUUUUGGAAAACCCAGCUGAUAAGGCCUUGGUAAAGGUGACGUUUAAGGACAAGCAAUCGAUGGAAAUCGACCCCAAGAACUUGACAUUCAAAGACUUGAGCUCACAUUUUGACACACACUCCAGAAAAUUGGCGCUCAAGGAAGCCCUUUCAAACUAG